GCCGUUUUUCUCACUACCAACCCAACAAAGAUCGCCGCGCCUCAGCACCCGUGCUGGUGAAACGCACACACAACCACACACACACUCACACACACACACACGCACGACCGGGAUCAUGGCGCAAGAGCCGCUUCCUGGCAUCCACAUGGGUGCCAUGUUCUUCCCUUACCGAUACAUCGCGCUGCUGUUGCUGAUGGUGCAGACUACAAGCAGCAUCCUGGUGCUGCGGUAUUCGAGAACAGUCAACGGCGACGGGGGCCACUACAUCUCCACGACCGCCGUCGUCAUGUCAGAGUGCUUCAAGUUGGUGGGCUCGUUCUUCCUGUUGCAGCGGGAGACGGGUCUUGGGCUCGUGCAGACGUACCGCCACAUGUAUGGGGAGAUUAUGGGCAACUGGAAGGGCACGCUCAAGCUGUCGGUGCCCGCACUGCUCUACACCGUCCAGAACAACCUCCUCUUCAUCGCCCUCAGCAACCUCUCCGCUGCCACAUACCAGGUGACAUACCAGCUGAAGAUCCUGACGACGGCUGUGUUCUCCGUGACGAUGCUCUCCAAAGUCAUUUCCUCCCGCCAGUGGAUUUCGCUCGUUCUCCUCAUGGCCGGCGUCGCCCUCGUCCAGAUGCCUGCUGACGACGGCAGCGGCGAUGCGACUAUGCCCGAGGACGCGAACAAGAACCAGUUUGUCGGCCUUGUUGCCGUGCUCUCCGCCUGCUGCUCCUCCGGUUUUGCCGGCGUCUACUUUGAGAAGAUCCUCAAGGGCACAAAGCAAUCGCUGUGGCUGCGCAACAUUCAGCUGAGCCUCUUCUCCAUUGUGCUCGGGCUGAUUGGCGUCGUUGUGAACGAUGGUGACCGCGUGGCAGAGGGAGGGUUCUUCCAGUACUACUCCACCGUCACCUGGAUUGCAAUCUCUCUCCAGGCCUUUGGCGGCCUCAUCAUCGCUGCCGUCAUCAAGUUUGCCGACAACAUCCUGAAGGGUUUUGCCAACAGCAUCUCCAUCAUCCUCACGGGCCUCCUCUCCUAUCUCCUCCUUGGAGACGUGCGCUUCACCAUGUACUUUGCUGUCGGCACCAUGCUCGUUGUCGCAUCCACCUUCAUGUACAGUCACCCCUCCAGCCAGCCCGCGCCAAAGCCAACACUCCCGCAAACGGGACACAAGUGAGGUGGCGUUCUUGUGUGUGUCUGUGUGUGUGUGUGUGUCUGUGUGUGUGUGUG